ACACUGAACAGUACUGCCCCCACUUUGUUGGUGCCUUUUAAAGAAAUUCCUACACCUGAUUAAUCCGACUUUACGCCCUGAUUAAAACUGUAGCUGUGAUAAAAAUAAUAGCAAUAAAACAAAAAAGAAUCUUUAGUGCUUUUAAUUUUAGUUGCAGCAUCUUUUGUGGAACAGAAUAGAAAACAAUAGAAAUGAAUCAAUUAAUUGAACUAUCAAUGAAUAAAAAUAAUAAUUUUGUUAAAAACUUCAGUUCAUCAUUAGUUUGGACACAAACUUUAGGAAUCACCUGUGGGGGAAAUUUGAAUGGACCUACGUUAUCAGUGUCACCCUUAAGGCGACAGGUUGAUUUAUUUUUAAUAAGGCGCAUCUAUGAAUUCAUAUAUUGAGGCCACAAAUAUUGACUUAACUCGUGGCCUCGUGUAUUAGUUUCGCCUUAUUAAAAUAAUCACCAUUUUCAGCUCCCGGGCUCCGCAGGAUCAGAGCACACAGACUUCAUCUGUGAGGGAAAGUUGAGUGGACCUGAGUGAUCAGAGCACGCAGACUUCAUCUGUGAGGGAAAGUUGAGUGGACCUGAGUGAUCAGAGCAGCGCUUCCUCAGUGAAGACCAAACCGAAAGUAACUCUGAGGAAAGUAACGGUAACAUGUCGCCAUCAUAGUCCGAGAGAAGAUCCCCCAGAUCAGCGCUCUGGACUCAACACGAUAUUAACACCCUGCUUAUUAGGUCCAUGAUGGAACCUCCACUGAGCACUGAAAGAGAGACCAGCUGUGUGUCUAUGAAGAGUGACCGGUCCAUGUGGCUACCUCCUGAAUUCAGCAAUGGAGGAGAACCCAGCUGUGUGUCUAUGAAGAGUGACCGGUCCAUGUGGCUACCUCCUGAAUUCAGAAGAAGAUCAAAAAAACCCAGCUGUGUGUCUAUGAAGAGUGGCCGGUCCAUGUGGCUACCUCCUGAAUUCAGAAGAGGAAGAAGAAAACCCAGCUGUGUGUCUAUGAAGAGUGACCGGUCCAUGUGGCUACCUCCUGAAUUCAGAAGAGGAAAAAGAAAACCCAGCUGUGUGUCUAUGAAGAGUGACCGGUCCAUGUGGCUACCUCCUGAAUUCAAAAGAGGAAGAAGAAAACCCAGCUGUGUGUCUAUGAAGAGUGACCGGUCCAUGUGGCUACCUCCUGAAUUCAGAAGAGGAAGAAGAAAACCCAGCUGUGUGUCUAUGAAGAGUGACCGGUCCAUGUGGCUACCUCCUGAAUUCAGAAGAGGAAGAAGAAAACCCAGCUGUGUGUCUAUGAAGAGUGACCGGUCCAUGUGGCUACCUCCUGAAUUCAGAAGAGGAGGAAGAGAAACCAGCUGUGUGUCCAUGGGGCAGUCUCCUGGUUUCAGCAGUGAACCUGUGUCCUCUGACCCAGAGUGA